CCGGUUGCGUCAUGACGCAGAGUGACGUGUGUGCGUGCAUUUGAAUAAUCCGUAUAGAGGCAGCGCGAGACACGCACUCGGAACAGAAUCGACCCGCACGAGCCCGCAGCAGUUUGUCUCCGUCUGAACCGAACGAGUCAUCAUGAACAGCUUGAAGAGUCUGGUGAGCCGCGUGACGCCCGCUCUGAGCCGCGCAGUGCAUUCUGGGAAGCGUGCAUCGUCCUCGGCGGCGUCCAGAGCCGAGCCCGCGGAGCGUGCGCUGACAUCAGAGGAGGUUUACGCUCGCGAGGAUCGACACGGCGCUCAUAACUACCACCCGCUGCCGGUGGCUCUGGAGCGAGGAGAGGGGGUUCACGUGUGGGAUGUGGAGGGCCGCAGGUACUUUGACUUCUUGAGCGCGUACAGCGCUGUUAACCAGGGUCACUGCCACCCGAAGAUCAUAGCGGCGCUGACGGCGCAGGCCUCGCGGCUGACGCUCACCUCCAGAGCCUUCUACAACGACGUGCUGGGUGUCUACGAGCAGUACAUCACCGGCCUGUUCGGAUACGAUAAAGUGCUGCCCAUGAACACAGGUGUGGAGGGCGGAGAGACGGCCUGUAAACUGGCUCGUAAGUGGGCGUACACGGUCAAGGGCGUCCCGAAAUAUGAGGCAAAGAUCGUGUUUGCAGCGGGGAAUUUCUGGGGCCGGACGAUGGCGGCUAUUUCUAGCUCGACGGACCCCAGCAGUUACGAGGGUUUCGGUCCCUUCAUGCCUGGAUUUGAGCUGGUCCCGUACAAUGACGUCGCUGCGCUAGAGGUGUGUGUGUGUGAACACUGCUCACGCUCCGGAUCUCCUCAGGUUCUGGAGGAGGAGCGUCUGGCUCAGAAUGCGGAUCUGAUGGGUCAGAUUCUGCGCGCUGAGCUCAGCAAGCUUCCGCUGGAGAUUGUGAGCGGCGUCCGCGGGAAAGGCCUCCUGAACGCCAUCAUCAUCAAAGAGACCAAAGACUAUGACGCCUGGAGGGUGUGUCUUCGUCUCCGUGACAACGGUCUGUUGGCCAAGCCCACUCACGGUGACAUCAUCAGACUAGCCCCGCCCCUCACUAUAAAGGAGGAUGAGGUCAGAGAGUGUGUGGACAUCAUCAGCAGGACCAUCCUGUCCUUCUAAGCCACUGGAAUCAUCAUCAUCUGAGGGGUUUUCACCUGUAAUUCUUCUGAUUUUAGCCUGCUUUGUUUUAUCGUGUGUUUUUCAUGAGCUGUUACAGUCGCUCGGGUCAACAUAGAAUGUGCUCGACGCUCACUGGGGCUUUUAGCUCUUUCAGAGUUAUGCUUAUGUAGUUUUUCAUUCUCAACUGAACUUGAGAUUCUUGAAUAGUAUUUUCUCUCUGGACGACGGUCUGUUUUAGUUCUGCUGAAGUUUCAUGGAUGUUUCUGAAGGCGAGCGCUGUGACGUUUACAGUUUCUUUCCUCCAGAGGAAAGUGAAUGAAGGACACUGUCACAGUGUUUGAAACAUGUUUAAAAGUCCCACAUUUAGCUGUGAACACUUGAAUAGAAUGAGCUUUUCUCCCUGAUGAGAGAAUAGUGCACUUUAACUGCAGUCUUUAAUGAUGUAAAACAAAGACAUGAUCAAACUGAAUUAUUCACAGCCACAUUCUGCUGCGUUUAUUAACGAUUUACAAAUGAAACAUUAGGAAAACAGCAUAAACAGAAACUGUUUGGAGAAUGCUUGUUUGUGUGUUUAUUUCUGUAGAACGUUUAGCCGACGUUUAAUGAAUGGAGCGUCAGCUUGUACAUCAGAUGAUGUUUUAUUUCUGUUAUUAAAUACAUUUUCA